AUGUAUGGAGUAUAUCCUGCUGUAUUGCAGCUCCAGCUACAUUUGCCUGGCAUGCAGUCUGUGACAUACAAUGAGGAGGAAAACCUGGAGGAUGUUGUGAGUCGCCCAGGUUCUAAUAGGACCACGCUAACAGAGUAUUUCAGUAAAAACCAUGAAGAUAGGGCAGCAAGGAAAAUAUUGUAUAGAGAAUUUCCAGAACACUAUCGUUGGAUCAAAGGGAGAAAAGUGUGGCAAAUAAGGAAACAAGCGUCAGCACAGAUAGGUCGGAUUGUCUAUGCUAACCCUGGUGAAGGGGAGAGAUAUUUCUUAAGAGUUCUACUAAAUCAUGUGAGAGGUGCAACAUCAUAUGAGGAUUUAAGAACAGUGGCUGGUGUCACCUACGCUACUUUUAGGGAAGCAUGUGAGAAAAGAGGGCUUAUCGAGACGGACCAAUCAAUCGAUGAUUGCUUGACGGAGGCCACCACUUUCCAAAUGCCGUGUGCCUUGCGAAGGUUGUUUGCUACCAUUCUUGUAUUUUGUGAGGCCACUAAUAUACAUGGACUAUGGGACAAGCAUAAUGGGGCUCUAGGUGAAGACUUCAGUUUGGACAACAACAACACAUCGACAGUGGAGCAAAUGGUGCUCAGAGAUGUACGAGAUAUGCUUCACUCGAUGGGGAAAGAUAUUAGAGAUUAUGGUCUUCAACCUAUUCAUGAUGAGGGUCCAAGCUCUAUUGACAUGAUGAAAGAGGUUAGAGAGGAAGAAAAUGUCUCUAUAGACCAAGACCACUUAGAUAUUUUUUAUUCUCUUAAUAAGGAGCAGAGAGAAGGAUUUGAUGAAAUCAUUCGACAUGUCUUUGCAAAUAAGAGCCAAGUUUUUUUUGUGGAUGGUCCGGGAGGCACAGGCAAGACGUUCCUAUAUAAGGCUCUCCUUGCUAGAGUUCGUUCCAGAGGAUUGAUAGCCAUUGCAACAGCCACGUCUGGUAUAGCAGCAUCAAUAUUGCCCGGAGGACGCACUGCACACUCGAGAUUUAAAAUUCCAAUUAAAAUUGGGGACAACAGCAUGUGCAGCUUUACAAAGCAAAGUGGCACUGCAGAGUUGCUUCGUAGGGCAUCUUUGAUCAUUUGGGAUGAAGUUGCCAUGACCAAGCGUCAGUGCGUCAAGACACUUGAUAGGUCCCUACAAGAUAUCAUGGAGUGUGCUUUGCCAUUUGGAGGAAAGGUAAUGGUAUUUGGUGGAGACUUCAGACAGGUCCUCCCUGUCGUGACACGUGGGACAAGAGCACAAGUAACUGAUGCUACUUUGCAAAGAUCCUAUUUAUGGAAUAAAAUACAGAAGAUAAGAUUGUCACGCAACAUGAGAGCACAGUCAGACCCUUGGUUUUCUGAGUACCUGCUACGAAUUGGAAAUGGAACCGAGGAAACGAUUGGAGAUGAUUAUGUUCGACUCCCUGAUGACAUUGUGAUUGGUUAUACUGACACAGAGGUGGCAGUCAAUAAACUCAUUCAAGAUGUUUUCCCAUCACUUGAAGAGCAUGUAACAUCAGCCACCUAUAUGAGCUCACGUGCCAUUCUAUCCACCAAAAAUGAACAUGUUGAUCGGCUGAACGCAAUGAUGAUUGAGAGGUUUCCUGGUGAGGAAAAGGUUUAUCACAGCUUUGACACUAUUGUUGAUGAUCCUCAGAAUCACUUUCCUAUUGAUUUUUUGAACUCAAUUACUCCAAAUGGCCUCCCCCCACACGAGCUGAAGCUAAAAAUCAAUUGUCCUGUGAUUCUUCUCCGCAACCUUGAUCCGAACAAUGGCUUGUGCAAUGGAACAAGGCUUAUGGUCAGAGCAUUACAAGAUAAUGCAAUUGAUGCUGAGAUUGUUGCUGGACAACAUGCACGAAAAAGGGUGUUCAUACCAAGGCUCCCACUGUCUCCCUCGGAUGAUAUUUCUCUUCCUUUCAAGUUCAAGAGAAAGCAAUUUCCAGUGCGGCUGAGUUUUGCCAUGACGAUAAAUAAAUCGCAGGAACAGACCAUCCCUAAUGUUGGGAUCUACCUUCCAGAACCCGUGUUCUCGCAUGGACAACUCUAUGUUGGUUUAUCGAGGGGGGUGUCAAGAUCAACAACAAGAAUUUUGGCAAAGCCAAAAGAUUAUUUGGAUCCUACAGGAAAGAGCACCAAGAAUAUUGUUUAUAAAGACGUCUUAAACUGGUGA